AAUCCCGUGGCCAUUUUGGGCACGUAUAAGCCGCCGCCGCCGCCGCCUCGCUUCUCCUCCGCCGCCCCAACCCGCUGCUGAGGCGCUGAUCCUCUCCGGUGUCGCCAUCGCCUCCAGAACCUCCGCCUCGUCAGGGUGCUUGCUAUUAUCAUUGCAAUCUGAUAGUUGCAGUGGUUGGGGUUGACUUCCUGCUAUUCAGAAAACGAGUAGCGAGAGCUUAUCGGUUGGGCCAAAGAUGGUGUCGCUGAAGCUGCAAAAGCGCCUUGCCGCGAGUGUUCUAAAGUGUGGAAAAGGCAAAGUGUGGCUUGAUCCAAAUGAAGUUAGUGAGAUCUCCAUGGCGAACUCCCGCCAGAACAUCCGGAAGUUGGUUAAGGAUGGGUUUAUCAUCAAGAAGCCUCAGAAGAUCCACUCUAGAUCCCGUGCAAGAAGGGCACAUGAGGCCAAGCAGAAGGGGCGCCACUCAGGAUAUGGAAAGCGUAGGGGAACCAGGGAGGCUAGGCUCCCCACCAAGGUUCUGUGGAUGAGGAGGAUGCGUGUGCUUAGGCGCCUGCUCCGCAAGUAUCGUGAGGCCAAGAAGAUUGACAAGCACAUGUAUCAUGAUAUGUACAUGAAGGUCAAAGGUAACUCGUUCAAGAACAAGAGGGUACUUAUGGAGAGUAUCCACAAGUCCAAGGCCGAGAAGGCCAGAGAGAAGACACUUUCUGAUCAGUUUGAGGCUAAGCGCGCCAAGAGCAAGGCAAGCCGUGAAAGGAAGAUUGCUAGGAGGGAGGAGAGGUUGGCCCAGGGCCCAAAAGAUAUAACUCCACCAGUCUCAGCCACAGCCCAAGCCACUGGGGCACCGAAGAAAGCAAAGAAGUGAAAUAUUGAAACAAAGCUGUAGCUUUCUAGUCCAGUACUUCAUAAGCACUAGCCAAAUUUUGGAGCGCCUGAACUAUUUUGCUGUUAUAUAACUUUUUGUCUUGAUAUUCGAAUAUCAUAUCUGGAUUUUUAUGUUGGAUAAUGUAGUAGAGAUGUCUAUGCAGAGUUUUGUUGGGACAGGAAUCCCCAAAAAUGUUUAUUUGGAUCAGAUUAUCUCGGGAAAUGUGGUUAUGUUUUAUGAAAAUUUAUCUUAUUGUUA